ACCUUGGACAGCUCCUCUCGCAGGCUUUCAUUGGGGCUCGUUUCAGCACCUUGGACAGCUCCUCUUGCAGGGAUCCCCGCUGUGCUCGCCGGGGAAACCCUCAGCUGAGGAGCCUGGAGAUCUGGAGAUCUGGAGCAGCACAUGCAAAAAAACGCUCCCAGCACAGCCAAGGAGGAGAUUGCACUUAAAUCAGUUUUAGAUGAACAUUUAUAUAUAAUAUGAUCUCGCCUAGUGAGGAUGCUUCUUGCAUUUGAGCUUCUUCUUCUUCACCUCUUUUGUUUUUUUUGCACAUGAAGUGGGAGCAGAGGAAGAAGAAGCAGCAGAAGCAGAGCUCGUCCAAUGCACAAAGUGCUAAGGAUAGCUGCAGCCUACACACACUGCGAGCCUCCUGCUGCUGCUGCUGCUGCUGCUUCACUCACUCUGAUCACCACCGAGGGAGACAUUACUAUCAGCUAUAAGGAGGCACGAUCACCCGUCAACAAUGUAAAUCUCACACACACAGGUUCAACAUGAAAGCAGCAUCCAUUAGGUGAAAAGGUGAACUGCAGCCCCUAAAACUGAGUGGAAAACCUUGUGACAACCAUCUCCACAUCUCUCCUCCUCUCCAUCAGCCAGCAUCAUGGCAAAUGCUGAGGAAGUGGAGCAGGCCGGUCUGUCGGACUUGGAGAUCAUCUCCCAGCCAGUGGAGGAUGAGAACCAGUACUUGGCUCCUCCAGUCCAGCUGGUGAGUUUUGGCUACAGAGAUCUGCCCCUCGCAGCUCUGGACCUCUCGCUGGCUGGCUCGCAGCUCCUCUCCAACGCAGAUGAAGAUGAAAACAGGGACGGGUCCAACUGGCUGAAGCCGUGCUGCGGUCGGCGAGUGGCCCUAUGGCAGGUCUGUCUGCUCAGCGCCGGCUUCAACUGUAUCCUGGUGGCCUGUGUCAUCCUGGUGGUGCUUUUCCUGUCUUUGGAGCUGCUCAUAGACACCAAACUCCUACAAUUUUCCAAUGCUUUCCAAUUUGCCAGCAUUAUCCACUGGAUCAGCCUUAUCAUCCUGUCACUCUUCUUUUCAGAGACCGUCUUCAGAAUCGUAGUGCUCGGGAUCUGGGACUACAUAGAGAACAAAGUUGAGGUGUUUGAUGGUGCUGUCAUCGUGCUGUCCCUGGCCCCCAUGGUGGCCUCCACAGUGGCCAACGGGCCCAGCAGCCCCUGGGAUGCCAUCAGCCUCAUCAUCACUCUACGCAUCUGGAGGGUCAAGAGGAUCAUUGAUGCUUAUGUGCUACAAGUCAAAGUUGAGAUGGAACUGGAGAUCCAGCAGUGUGAGAAGACCAAGGCUGUGAGAGAGGAGCAGCUGGAGCGUCUCACUCAGAUCUGCCAGGAACAGGCUUUUGAGAUUCGGCAGCUGAGGGCCCAUCUGGCCCAGCAGGACCUGGACCUUGCGGCAGAACGUGAAGCAGCCAUGCAGAUCCAUCAUGUAUGGGGCAAACAGGGCAGGAGUUUUCAGGUUGUAGAAGGCAUGACUCCUGGGGAGUCUGACGAUGAGGGCGGCCAGAGAAACCCCAGGGAGCCUCACGCCACUGCAGAUCCAGUUGUGCGUGAUGACAUGAACAACUACAUCAGCCAAUACUACAGUGAAGCAAGCAGUGAUGCUGGAGCUUCUGGCUUGGGUGCCCGGCUCAUCACCACGGCAGCCAUCGACGUUCACCUCCCCACCAAUCCAAAUCCCAUUCAGUCAAACCCGAUGCUCGCAAUGGAGCGGGUGGGCAGCGCCGUAAGUGAUGCCUCAACCAGCAUAUCACGGUCCAGUGGCAGCCUGACGGCCCGACCCCACAGCCUGAGUAGCCACACCCCGGGUUCAUCUAUGACAGACUGCAGCAGCAGCACAGCUCAGGACCUCAGCCUGAGCUACAACGCCCAUCGCUGCUGUCCUCCUCCCUUCUCAGGCCAGGACCCCUGCAGGGACCCCAGCAUGGUGGUGCAGGAGCUACUCUGCUCCCUCUCUGAGGACUCCUGCCUUGCUCAAAAGGGCCUGGUAGUGGACCCUGUCAACCUUAAGCUUCCCAGCCCUACUGGCUCAGAAAAGGCCAGCCCUGAGCUGGACAACAGAAUAAACAUCUUCAACCGCAGGAACCAAGAGGAGAGACGAGGCCGAGGAAGGGGCUGUGUACUGUUGCAGACCAAGCCGCUGAUCCACCUGCAGAGCAGCAGCACUGAGCAGUCCCUGGAGGAGAAGUACCGGCUCCUGGGACCAGCUGACACACCUCUGGGGCGCAUGCCUGAUACAUAAGCUGCAUUUACACAGAAACAGAAGUCUUUGCUCUUCUUUUACUGCCACCCUGUUUGGCAUAUAUCUGAACGAGAGGCACAAAAGAUUUUAAAAUUAGAUUUUUCUGUCGCUGUGUAAAUCCAAUCUUAGCCAAUCCAGAGCAAGCUUGAGCCUUAGCUUCUAGCUAACACUGAUGCUCCUUAACUUGACGUGUUCAUAAGUCAAUAGUAGAAAUGACAAUAAGAACUCUUAGGCCCUUUGCCAUACUGUCCAACUUCCCCCUGUUCCUCCUUGAUGGAUUUUUGAAAUCAGAAAUUCCCUGAUAUAGCACAACAAAGACUAUAACAUCCCGGUAAGGGGGAGUCUUAAUGUGUUCUUGGACACAUUCUUCAUCAGGAAUUCUCACUUUGAAUAGGUCCUAAAUGCACUGAACUUUACAUGAAUUAAAACCAGCAAGGGGCCAUUCAAGCCUAUACUGAACAACAACUUUAAUUCUGAACCGUGUUGCAAACCAAGACACUGUUCUCUGUUCUUGGAAUUUCAAGCAGUUAAAAGGAGUUUUUUCUAUUGCAUUUUUCUUAUUUUGUUUCUUUUCAUUUGUAUGAUCAACUUUAAACAUCAGUCAUGCUGUUCUUUGUUCAAACAGCCACAGGGUACAUAAGACUGGCUUAACUAUACAAACAGCCAAUUAUUAUUAUUUUUUUUACCUUUGCCUUUCUGUCACCUAUUUGUUUGAUUUGAAACCAUCAUCAGAAUUUAUUGAAUAGUAUUUUUGUUUUACUUAACAUUAGUAGGGUAUAUAUGUGUGGAUGAAAUGAAAAGGUAAGUGACUAGAUUCUUCACAUGAAACUAGAAUGGAGUGCUUGUAGCAUGAACCUUUAAAAGACAUGUGCCCUAAAUGGCAAGCAAAUUCUUUGCACUUUAAUGUUUACAGACACUUUUGUAAACUUGAUAUGGAGGAAGUUAUUGCCAAAUGCAGGUGUUGUCAUUUGAAUGAAAAUAGCAAAAAUAAAAGUUAGUAUUUCCUUAA